GGGGCUCAGUGCACAUCCUCGGAGCUGAUGGAGCUCGGCCAUACCCCGUGGUGAGUGCCCAUCCUUGCCAGGCCUGCAGUUCACCCUCCCCUCGCCACCCCCAGCGUGUCGAGAUCCCAAAUCCAGCAGCAGGUGAGCCGACGGAGCACCUGGGGCCCUGUCCUCUGUCUUGGAGCCUCCUGCUUGGGAGGGAUGGCGGACUGGAGCAUGCCCAUCGGCUCGCUGGGCGAGGAAGUGGUGGCCCGGCUGUGUGAGCUACUGGAUAAUGCGGGCCGGGGCUGGCGCAAGCUGGCCGAGCUGGCUGGGGCCGAGAAACGCUUCAAGUGCAGCGCGGAGGAGCUGGAGAUGUGCUCUCUGAAGGUGCUGGAGCCCCGCGGCAGCCCCACACAGUGCCUGCUGCAGCUCCUGGCCGAGCGCGACUGCACCCUCAGGUACCUGCUGGGCUGCCUGGAGCGCAUGGGGCACGAACAGGCCUGCCGGGUGCUCAGCUCCGCCGUCCAGGAUGUGAUUCGCAUCACGGUACAGCCAGAGUCACAGGUGGUGGUGGAGGGGACACAGGUGUCCCUGACCUGCUGCGCAUCUGGCCCACCAGGGCUCACAUACCAGUGGUUCUGUGGGAGGCAGGAGAUGCCUGGAGCCACAUCCCCAGAGCUCGUGAUCGACACAGCCAGCCCGGCAGGCCAGCCUAAGUGGUACAUCUGCCGGGUGAACUGUGGGGCCACCUUCACCUUCUCCAGAUGGGCUCAUGUCCAGGUGGAGAAGAGCAGCAGCCCCAGCUCCAGCCAGUGGCUACUGCCCGACUAUGGCAGGGCUGCAGAUCCUGCGGCAGCCACGGCCGUGCCGCCUGGCCGAGGGGGACACGCUGGUCUGGAGUGCAGAGCCAUUGGCAACCCCCCACCCCAGUACCAGUGGUUCAGGAACCGGCGCCCCGUGGAAGGGGCACAGGCACCCCAGCUCCAGGUGAAGCUGGUGACAACAGCUGAGCGGGGCAGCUACUCCUGCCGUGUGUUCAACCUCUUCCACGAGGUGUGGAGCCAGGAGGUGGAUGUAGAGAUCGGCCCACGGCUCUUCACCUCUGGAGGCUCCUGGCAGGAGGGGGAUGGAGGCUCUCUAGAGCAUGGCAGCCCUGGACAGCUGUACGCCACGGACAAAGUGGCACUGCUAAUUGGCAACAUGCACUACCUGCACCACAAGCAGCUGCAGGCGCCCAUCGUGGAUGUUCACGCCCUCAGUGCCCUCCUCCGCCAGCUCGACUUCAAGGUGGUGUCACUGCUGGACCUGCGCAAGGCCGAGAUGCAGAUGGCUGUCGAUGAGUUCCUCCUCCUCCUUGACAAGGGUGUCUACGGUUUACUCUACUAUGCUGGGCACGGCUAUGAAAAUUUUGGCAACAGCUUCAUGGUGCCCAUUGAUGCGCCCAGCGCCUACACUUCAGAGCACUGCCUGUGCGUGCAGCGGGUGCUGCGGGAGAUGCAGCAGCGCCGCACCGGCCUCAACAUCUUCCUGCUUGACAUGUGCCGCAAGAGAAACCUCAAUGAUGACAUCAUUCCGCAGGUUGGGGCGCUGGAGGUCACAGCCAACAUCGUCUUUGGCUAUGCCACGUGUGCAGAUGCUGAAGCCUAUGAGCUGAGCCAAGGUGAGCUCUCCAAUGGCAUCUUCGUCACCUUCCUCAAGCGCUGGCUGCUGGAGGAUGAGAAGAUCACAGUGCUGCUGGACAAGGUGGCUGAAGACAUGGGCACUCUGGAGAUCACGCGGGGACGGCAGGCACUGGAGCUUCGCAGCAACCUCUCAGAGAGACGGGCUCUGACAGACCCCAUCCGCCCUCCGGGCCAGGAUGAGUCCUCUGCCAGGAACCUGCAGUGGGCCAAGGCUCAUGUCCUGCCAGAGAGCCGGCACCUCCACUUCGACUGCGGUGUCACCGUGCAGCUGGGCUUCGCAGCCGAGUUCUCCAACAUUAUGAUCAUCUACACGCGUGUGGUGGCUGCCCCCAAGGACAUCACCAAGUGUGAGGCCCGACUCACUGAUAUUCCCGAGGAGCUGGAUGUGGACCUCAAAUGCACCAACAAGGAGAGCCCAGAGGAGUUGGGCAGUCCAUUGGCGCCCGUCUGGAGCCUCGGCUGCCCCUCCUGCUGCCUCUACAGCCGGAUCUGUGGCUUGCAGAAGCUGCGGCAGGAGCUGGCCUUCACCGUGUACCUGCAGUACCGCUACCAGGGCAUGGAUGACUUUGUGGAGGAACGGCAGCGGGUGAACGUGGGGCGGCCGCUCAUCGCCAAGCUCAACCUGCAGUGCGCGGCCUCCCCCUCACCACCCCACAGCCCCCUCUUUUCCUCUCCCCCCGGGAGCUGGGGGGUGGUGGAGAGCUCAUGGGUCAACACCCCUGAGGAGAACCUGAGCCCUGAGUGCCCCAGCUCCCACACCCUAUAGACGGACAGUGAGGCACAAC